AUGGAGAUGAAACAACCAGUGAUGAUGAAUCGAGACCAUGAGGAGCAGGAGAAAGAACAGGAGUCACAAGAGAACGGCCGACUGGUUGCGGACAGUGUUCCAGAGAAGGAACAGAAGUCAGUCUCAGGGUCUGGGCAAGUCUCCAACGGUUACCCGAGCACAUCCCCACAAAGCCCGAGGGAAGGUGCAGGUGCCGGGAUGGACAGAGGGAUCGCGGCUGGAACGUUCAGGACUCUGGUGGUCCAGCAGACCAGUCUGGAUCCACCUAGGGAGACCUGGAGCAAAAAGAUGGACUUCCUGCUGUCAGUCGUUGGGUAAGCGGUGGACCUGGGGAACGUGUGGCGCUUUCCAUACAUCUGCUACCAAAACGGAGGGGGGGCUUUUCUUCUGCCAUACCUGUUGAUGGCCGUGUUCGGUGGCGUGCCUCUCUUCUACAUGGAGCUGGCGCUGGGCCAGUUUCAUCGCAGCGGGUGUAUCUCCAUUUGGAAACAUAUCUGCCCCAUCUUCAAGGGUAUUGGCUUUGCCAUCUGCAUCAUUGCAUUGUACAUUGCCUUCUACUACAACACCAUCAUGGCCUGGGCUCUCUACUACCUCCUGUCCUCCUUUCGCUCCACAUUGCCCUGGACCACCUGCAACAAUUGGUGGAACACACCGAACUGCACCCGAUACCUGUCCACUGACUUAAACAUCUCAUGGACCGAUAACUCCAUAUCUCCCGCUGAGGAGUUCUAUGUACGGCAGGUGUUACAGGUACAUCUGUCCCCUGGUCUUCAUCAGCUGGGCUAUGUGAGCUGGCAGCUGGCCCUCUGUCUACUUUUCAUCUUCACCAUUGUCUAUUUCAGCAUCUGGAAGGGGGUCAAGACCUCAGGCAAGGUAGUAUGGGUGACGGCUACCUUCCCUUACCUGGUGUUGCUGAUCCUGUUAAUAAGAGGAGCCACCCUGCCCGGAGCCUGGAGAGGAGUUGUCUACUACCUGAAACCUGACUGGAGCAAACUUCUCAGCACUACAGUUUGGCUUGACGCAGCUGCACAGAUCUUCUUCUCUCUGGGUCCAGGCUUUGGUGUUCUUCUAGCCUUCGCCAGCUACAAUCCAUUUCAUAACAACUGCUACAAAGAUGCUUUGGUGAUCAGCUCUGUCAACUGUUUGACCAGUUUCUUGUCAGGCUUCGUGAUCUUCACAGUGCUGGGCUACAUGGCUGAGAUGCGUCAGCAAGGUGUGGAAGCUGUAGCUAAGGAUGCAGGUCCCAGUCUGCUGUUCAUCAUCUACGCCGAGGCUAUUGCCAAUAUGCCGGCUGCCACGUUCUUCGCCAUUAUAUUCUUCCUCAUGAUAAUUAUGCUGGGGCUGGACAGCACGUUUGCAGGUCUGGAAGGGGUAAUUACCGCCAUGUUGGACGAGUUUCCUCACCUGUUGGCCAAGAGGAGAGAAUGGUUUGUUCUGGGCCUGGUGUGUGUCUGUUACUUGGGUGCCCUGUCCACUCUCACCUAUGGAGGGGCAUUUGUGGUUAAACUAUUUGAGGAGUAUGCCACAGGCCCCGCUGUUAUCACUGUAGUCUUCUUGGAGGUCAUCGCUGUUUCCUGGUUCUAUGGGACGACACGUUUUUGCAAUGACGUGAAACUGAUGAUUGGCUUUUCCCCUGGUCUGUUCUGGAGGGUCUGCUGGAUAGCCAUCUGUCCCUGCUUCCUGUUGUAUAUCAUUGGGAGUUUCCUGGCAUUCCCUCCAGAGGUGAAUCUGUUUGGCUACCUGUACCCUUUCUGGACCACGGUGCUGGGCUACUGCAUCGGGUUGUCUUCCUUUAUCUGUGUGCCUUCUUACAUGGUCUACCAUCUGCUCACCACCAAAGGGACCAUCAAACAGCGCCUGCUCAAGAGCAUCACUCCUGAGCCUCCGGGGAACAGCGGCCAUCCCAGAGACACAAUCGUUGUUACCAACGCCGUGUGACGCUAAGUCAUUUCGCCUGCUGGACAUGUAGCACAAACGCAGGGGACCCUGUGACCCCUGUAAGGGCCCCAGCUGACCUCACUUCACACCUCACCCCAGAGGAGUCCGAGUACUGUGUUAUGGUGAGGCCAGGCCUCUGAAUACAGAAAUAGUUUUCUUUCUAUGCCAUUUGUUUUAUGUGACCACUGUCAUAUGUUCGUUGACUGCGGUGGCUUCGCUGUGGCAGGUUCAUAAAAUGACCGAGUUUGUGGUUUUGUCCUUCCGUUCCGUGUCAGUUUUAGGAUCACCAUAGCCCAUUUAUUGAUGACUAUGGCAUGAAUUCACGACUGUAUGUAUAUCUGUUAAGCAGAGUUUGUGUUAAGAAUGGGAACAGAUUGCGCACAGAUUGGUUCAAUUUAUUUUAUGUUGAUAUAAACUUUAUGUAGAGUGUUUUUGAUCAUUUGGUUAUUAUAUAGAACAUUAUGCUUUAUAAAGAUUAUUAUAUUAUAGUUUUAUAUUUGUGACCAAUUUCAGGUGUUUUACACGUAUUCUUAUAAAAAGCCAAAAAUCAUUUGUUGACAUCUUUAUUGUUGUUACAGGACUUCAAAGAAGCUGUUUGUGGUUUAGAAACUGAAUGCAUCACUAAAUAUUGGUACAUUGUUUUAUGUGUAUACACAUAUUAUUUUAUAGUUUUCUUUUAUGGUUCGAAUGUGGACGGAGGGGGUUGGAAAAGGUAAAUAUUUUUAUGAGAGAGGCAAGGCUUCAAAUGAGUUGAGUUUUGGACGUCCAUGCAGAUGUGCUUGUGUUUUUGCACAGGUGUGUUUGUGAGUGAGCAUGUGUGAGUUUGAGAUCAGCAAGCUCUAAAUGGAUCAGUUAUAAAGUGUUUAGCCUUUAGCAGGGGUUUUCCAACUGUUCUGCAUUUAUUUGUGCGAGCAUUAAAUGCUUUUUCAUUAUUUACAACUGGACUUUGUUGACCCACAGCAUUUACAAGAAUGUUACCAAAUGUUGAGGAUGACGGGACCAAAUGUAAAAUCGAUCACUGAAAAUUCCAAAUUUACAUUCUGCUAACAUGAAAACUGGGGAAUCAUGUUUUCUUCCCUUGUAUAUAAAGGUUACAGACAUGAACAUUUAUUUUUUCAUUUUUCUUUUGUGUGUUACACAAUGUAGCAGAAACCAAAUACUUACAGUAUGUUCUUGUUCCAAAUGCUUUAAUCCUCCAUACAUUUUUUUCAUAAGACGUGACUGGACAUCUAGGUAUGUGCGUGUGUAUUUUGUGAGUUUUGCUAUUCAUGUGGCCCGGCAUUCUGUACAUCGAUGGUCAGUUCUGUCAGUGUGUGUGCAUGUCGUAGACACGAGUCUAUAUUGUGCAGCUGUGUGGUGUGUGCGCGUGUGUGUGUGUGUGUGUGUGUGUGUAUGUAUGUGUGCGUGCGUGCGUGCGUGCGUGUGCAUGUGCUUCAAUCCAAUCAAUCCUUCCCUUCUUAACAGAAUUUAUUAUUCUGUCUAUCAAAGUAUUGAAAAUCUAUUGUACUUUAUAAAGUCUAACUAUGAAAUAUGUAUGUCUCAAAGACCGUUAAGAGAAAACAUGUAUAGUACAAAGUCAUAUAUGAAUUAUUAGAGAUAUAAAAUAAA